AUUAGGGAACAAGAGUUUUACAAGACCGUAGUAAAGAAGAAUACCAUUGCAGCUGCGGAAAGGAUAGGGGAGAGACUACCAUACCUGGAAGGAGGUUGGAGUUCAGACAAAACGCUAAAUCUUGGUUCCGGCGUUUUCCCGCAUGAGCACCAUUUAACAGAGUGAAGGGACUAUUUUUUGCACAAUGCGUGCCUUAUUAAGAUACUGCCGAAAACCGUUGCUAUCGCGGUGGCUGCAAAAUGCUGCGUCUGCAAAUUCCGUAGCGCGGGAAUAUUCUCGAAGAGCUGCCUCUGUGAACGAAGAUUUGCAAAAUGUUCUCCAACGAAAAUCUCCUCUUCCAGAGACACAGAAGUUCUCGGAUGGCGUAGCCCAGCUGAUUAAUGCAUACCGGGAACAUGGGCAUAAACUGGCAUCCGUGGAUCCCCUUGGUCUUUGGCAGCCUGUCAGGGAGGUGCCUGAACUGCAUCCUGCGAUGUACGGAUUCUCUGGAUUUAAGGACGAAAUUUCCGUCGGCGGGUUUCUCGGUUUGUCCGAGUUUUCAUCUGUGGGCGAAUUGGUUGCCGCAUUGCAGAAUGUUUACUGUUCGACGAUAUCUGCCGAAUUUCAACAUGUGCAGACACUUGAAGAGCGAAUUUGGUUUGCGGAGAAUUUUGAACGAAUUCAUAAACAGAAUGUGCCCGUCCAGGCGAAAAAGGAUAUCGCAAAACUUUUAGCGCAGACUCAGGCAUUCGACAAUUUUUUGGCCAACAAAUUUCCAACAUUAAAAAGAUAUGGUGGAGAAGGAGCGGAAGGAAAUUUGAUAUUUGUGAACGAAAUAUUAAAGUCCGCAGCACAAGAUGGUUACAGUGAUGUGGUAAUCUGUAUGCCCCAUCGAGGACGUUUAAACGUUUUGGCGCUGAAUUUGAACUACGACCCCAGUUACAUGUUUUUAAAAAUUACCGGCAAGUCUGAAUUCCCUGAGGGUGUCGCGGGAUGCGGUGAUGUAUUAUCUCACCUGUUUACUUCUGUCGAUUUGGAUUUGGGACAAGGAAAGAAACUCCAUGUAAGCAUGAUCCCCAACCCUUCCCAUUUGGAGGCCAAUAAUCCUGUAGCGGUGGGGAAAGCCAGAGGGCGUCAGCAGAAGCAGAAGAGCGGGGAGUACAGACAAGACGACAGGGAAUCGAAUAAAGUUCUGUGUGUCCAGAUUCACGGCGAUGCUUCCUUUACGGGGCAGGGUAUCGUACCAGAAACUUUCGUUUUUGCCAAUCUGCCCUAUUACACGGUGGGAGGAAGUGUGCAUUUUAUAACCAAUAACCAGGUUGGAUUCACGACACCUGGAAGUAUUGGACGAUCCUCGAUUUAUGCCAGUGAUAUUGCAAAAAUGAAUUCUUGUCCGGUGAUCCAUGUAAAUGGAGACUGCCCCGAGGACGUCCUGCGCGCUACAAAACUCGCGUUUGAUUACAAGAAUAGAUUUGGGAAAGAUGUCGUGAUUGAUAUGAUAUGUUAUCGACUGCAUGGACACAAUGAAGUGGAUGAUCCCACUUUUACUCAACCGGUUAUGUAUAGCGCCAUACAGUCUCGCAAAAGCUUGCCAGACACAUACGCUGAAAAUCUUGCAAGAGAAGGAAUAAUUACUCCCGAAGAAAACAAGGCGUCGGCUGAGGAAUACACGAACUACCUGAGAGAAAAAUUUAGCAACCUUUCUAGUUUUAAGCCCGAGGCAUAUCACUUGCAAAGACAGUGGAGCGGGUUGGCGCAGGCCGGCAAAAUCAACACUUUGUGGGAUACGGGGUUUCCUGUGGAUGGUCUGAAAUUCGUGGGAGCCAAAUCAGUUGAAUUUCCCAGUGACUUUAACAUUCAUCCUCACCUUUUAAAAACACACGUCAAGGCUCGUUUGGAAAAGUUGAAAGAAGGAAAAGGAAUUGAUUGGGCAACAGCGGAAGCUAUGGCGCUUGGAUCUCUUCUGCUCCAAGGUUUUGAUGUACGAAUCAGCGGUCAAGAUGUUGGAAGAGGUACGUUCAGCCAUCGGCAUGCUCGUUUGACGGAUCAGAAAACCAAUCAAGGCUUUGUACCAUUAAAUCAUAUGGCAGACAACCAAAAAGCGCGUUAUGAGGUUGCUAACAGUGUUCUCUCGGAAGAAGCUGUACUGGGAUUCGAAUACGGCAUGAGCAUUGAAGACCCUAACCGUUUAGUUAUAUGGGAAGCACAGUUCGGAGACUUCUUCAAUGGUGCGCAAAUUAUCAUUGACACUUACGUUGCAACAGGCGAAACCAAAUGGUUACUACAAAGCGGCAUGGUUAUGCUGCUUCCUCAUGGAUACGAUGGCGCCGGUCCGGAACAUUCUUCCUGUCGCAUUGAACGAUUCUUGCAGCAGACCGACAGCUCAGAGACCAGUGUUGAUGGGGAUAAUGUGAAUUUCGGCUUCGUGAACGCCACCACUCCGGCUCAGUAUUUCCAUCUUCUACGGCGACAAAUGUUGCGUAACUUUCGGAAGCCAUUAGUCGUAGCCGCACCGAAAACCGUACUGAGGUUGGCCGCUGCCACAAGUCAGUUGAGCGAAAUGGCGCCCGGCACAUUUUUCUCCCCUGUAUUGCCUGACAGUGCUGUGGAUCCAUCAAAAGUAGACAAGGGUUUUGUAUCGGGCAAGCACUUCUAUGCUCUGGAUGCAGAAAGAAAAUCGAAGAAGCUAACAAAUGUAGCACUGAUUCGCGUGGAGGAAUUGUGUCCUUUUCCGGUGGAUAACUUAAGGACUGAAAUUAAAAAAUAUACAAAAACGAAAGAGUUUAUCUGGGCACAGGAGGAACCGAGGAAUAUGGGGGCGUGGACAUUUGUACAACCGAGGUUGCAGAAUUUGUUAGGAAUUAAUGCAAAAUAUGCCGGCAGACCGGUGUUUCCUUUACCUGCUGUUGGGAUUGGUCUUAUCCAUGAGCAGCAAGUGAAAGAAAUUCUACACCAGGUGUUCCAGUGACAAUGUUUCAAGACAACGAGUGAUUUUAGAAUUUGAAAUUUUAGUGCUAACAUAUUUGUUUUGCGGUGACGAAUGCUCUCUUGCCGUUUUGAAGUAUUUGAACUAACUUGCUCAAUACGAGUAGUUUUUAUUGUUAUAACCAGUUCGCUUUCCUUGCAAAAUCGCAAUAAAGCCUUCGUGGUA